AUGGAAAAAGUUACUAAAAAUAAAAUUAUAACACAAAAGGGUAAAUAUUAUUGUAUUACCUCCCUAGUCAACUUCUUACAUCCCGUCGUUCAGCAAAAACCCUUACAAACACGUCUACAAGAUUUAAACCACGAUUGUUUGAGAGAAAUUUUUUCAACAUUUAGACUUAGCAGCACAAUUUCUUUACUCAAAUCAUCACAGCAAUUUUACGAUAUAAUACUCUACGAUAUUUGGUAUCCCUACUAUGAUGACAUCUUCGAUAUAACAUUUUGCUUUCACAACUUUGGCGAGAUAUCUAAAUGUCUGCAGUUGAAAGAAUUAACGUUAAGUUCACAUUAUUUACAUGAACCCAGAUUAUUGGACUAUAUAUUAGACCUACCCUCUUUACAAAUCUUGACAUUAGAAUCCAAGGAUAAUUUUUAUUUCUCCUCCAAAGAUCAUACCAUAUUAUAUGUGAUCCUUAAGAUAUUCUCACAAAAUCCUUAUAAAGCUAUUAGGGGCCUGCAGUUAAAUGGAAUGCCGGAGAAGAUAUUUUAUCUGUGUCCUUAUCUACAAGACAUCAAAACACUAAAUUGGUUUGUUACCAAAAUUUUUCAUCGCAAAUUAGACGGUUCGGUAGAAUGGAAAUCGGAUGUGCCGCAAGUUAUAAAAUCGUUUUAUGAUUUUGUGGUAGAUAAUGGAUGUUUAGAAAACUUGUAUGUAAAAGAUAAUAUUUUCCAUAAAAAGCGCGUGCUAAAGGAUGCGGAUUUUGAAGAAAAACUUCAGGAGUUGAGAGAAUCGAAGGGGUUUCAAAGACUGAAUAUUAUUAGUAGUUAUAAGCAAUCCGACGUAAGUAAAAUAUUUUAUGAUCUGCCAGAAGGCGGUGUAAGAUUCUUUAUUGAAAGUAGAUAA